AUGGUCGUGGAAACUGCAUACUACGACGCCCUUGGCCUACCGCCUACCGCGACAGAACUCGAAAUCAAGAAGGCGUACCGCAAGCUCGCCAUUAAACUGCACCCCGACAAGAACCCCGGCGAUGAAACAGCACAUGCGAAGUUCCAAGAAAUUGGCGAGGCGUACCAAAUACUCAGCGACGACCAACUGCGAGCAGCGUACGAUAAAUAUGGCAAAGAGGGUGCGAUGCCUAGCAGCGGAUUUGAGGAUCCAUCCGAAUUCUUCACCAUGAUCUUUGGUGGAGAGGCCUUCGCGGACUGGAUCGGCGAGAUCUCGUUGAUGAAGGACUUGACCAAGACUAUGGAGAUCUCCCAGCGUGAGAUGGAGGAAGAAGCCGCCGCUCAGGCAGAAGCCGAAAAGGUCGAGGCAGAAAAGACUCCUGCAACUGCCACAGCUGGUACUACCCCGGCUACUGGCACUACAGAGACCACGGCCCCGAGUGCUGCCGCCCAGGCUAAGGAAGCCGAAGCAGCAGCGGAGCGCGCAGGAGCACAUGCAGCAGAUGCGCCACCUGUGUACGCCGAAGCACCCCCAGCGUAUGCUGGAUCUACUGCCGAAUCUUCUACCGCGCCCAGGGCAGCGUCGCCCCCAUCUCGAACGAGCACGCCACAAUCACGAGGCAUACCAAUCCGCGCAGCCAUCAUGGACAAGUCGGAGGAAGAGGCACGUAUGCAGGCAGAGGGCAUGACUGAUGCGGAGAAGGAGCUACGAGAGAAGCAGAAGAAGAAGGCCGGUCUUACCAAGGAGCAGCGAGAAGAGCUCGCGGCGUACGAGAUGGAGCGUAAGAAGAUCCGUGAUGAACGUGUCGCCAAUCUUGCCAAGAAGCUCGUCGACCGCAUCUCAGUGUGGACUGAAACUGACAAGGCAACCGAUGUUACCGCUGCCUUCAAGGAGAAGAUUCACCUGGAAAUCGAGAAUCUCAAAAUGGAAUCCUUUGGUCUUGAGAUUCUUCACGCCAUUGGUGCCACAUACAUUAUGAAAGCCUCCUCAUUCCUCAAGUCGCAGAAGUUCCUCGGUAUCUCAGGUUUCUUCUCCCGUAUCAAGGACAAGGGCACGCUCGUCAAGGACACCUGGUCUACCAUGUCUGCUGCGAUAGACGCACAACUUACAAUGGAGGAGAUGGCGAAGCUGGAGGAGCAGGGUGGUGAAGCAUGGACAGACGAGAAGAAGGCUGAAUACGAGAAGCGUGUUACUGGCAAGAUCCUCGCCGCGGCCUGGAGAGGCAGCAAGUUCGAGAUCCAGAGCGUACUUAGGGACGUAUGCGAUUCCGUUCUCAACGACAAGAAGAUCAAGCUGGAUAAGCGAGUGGAACGGGCACAUGCGAUGAUGAUUAUUGGCGAGAUGUUUCAGAAGGCUGAGCGUGAUCCCGAAGAAGAAGGCGACUUCAUGGCAUUCGAACAGCUCAUGGCUGAAGCCGCAGCCAAGAAGGACACCAAGUCAGAGAAGCAUCACCACCAUCACGACAAGAAGGAAAAGGAGAAGAAGAAGGAAAAGGCAUGA